GGAGGGAGGGAGGGAGAAGAUGGGGGAGGUUGCUCUACUUCCAGUUGUUGGAAUGGUGAUGGCAGAGUGUGCACAAGCCGGGCUUAUGAUUGUAAGCAAAGUGGCCAUGUCUGAUGGCAUGAACAACCUCAUCUUUGUCUUCUACUCCAACUUACUUGCCUCUCCUCUCCUCCUCUUUUUUUCCUUCCUCUUCUACAGGUCAGACCGACCUCAACUCACUUCCUCCAUCCAUGCUGGCUUUUUCUUGCUUGGUCUACUUGGCUUUUUUUGUCAGUUCUUUGGGUAUACUGGGAUUAAUUAUAGCUCUCCAACUCUUGGCACUGCAAUGCUCAACCUCGUCCCAGCUUUUACCUUCAUAUUUGCAAUUACUUUAAGGAUGGAAAAAUUAGAUUGGAGAAGCACCAGUAGCCUAGCUAAGUCCGUAGGAACCAUAGUUUCAAUUUCAGGGGCAUUCAUUGUGACCUUCUACGAGGGGCCCUCACUUCUUAUGACAUCCCAAUCGGUUAACUUGUCUCAUGCACAACUACCCGUGCAACAGCCUAACUGGAUCGUUGGAGGAUUGUUUCUUCUAGCCGAUUGCAUUAUGACUUCAGCUUGGGUCAUUGUAGAGGCAAAGAUCCUCAGGAAAUACCCGGUUGUAUUGAUUGUGGUCUUUUUUUACUGCCUCUAUGUGGCUGUUCUGUCUGGAUCAAUCUCUUUCAUUGUAGAAAGAGAUCCAAGUGCUUGGAGCUUGAAACCUAACGUCAGGUUGCUUGCUGUCCUAUACUCGGCUGUUUUUGGCUCUGCAUUCCAAGUUGGUGUAUGUACAUGGUGCCUAAAAAGGACAGGUCCUGUUUUUGUAGCAAUGUUCAAGCCUUUGGGGAUUGUGAUUACGGUUAUAGUUGGUGUUAUCUUCAUGGGGGAGGCUAUCUACUUUGGAAGAUUGAUUGGAGCAAUUAUAAUUGUCGCUGGCUUUUACUCUGUGAUGUGGGGAAAAGCCAAAGAAGCAAAGGUUGAUGAGGAUGCUGGGAUAAGUAUUUUGGAAUCAAAUAGGCAGCAGGCACCUCUCCUGCAAAAUGGUAUUGAAAACUAGAAGCUUUUUAUGGUUAGUUGAUAAGAAAAUUCAAUAAUUUCUUCUCAUUGUAAAUAUUUUACUUCCAAAUAUAUGGAGUCCUAACAUUAUUAUAUGAGGCUAAGGCAGCUCAUAGGGAUGAAUUUGGGGUUUAUUAGAAAUCAAUUUGUAUAUUAUAAGAUUUAUAGCCUUUA